GAGAAGAACGGAAUUUGACAGCAAACAAUGGCGAUUUUAUAGCUAUGAAGAAGUCUAAGUCAAAGAACAAGAGUCGAUUAGAUCCCGCCGAACUGUCAGAGGAUGGUCCAUCGUCCAGAACGUCUUCUCCUUCCAAUUCCCCAAGCAAGAAAACGAUUGGCAGCAGAUCAGCGAGUCGUGUUCAAAACGUUUGGUCCACAUUGAAGAAGUUUGCACCGCACAAGCUAAGAAACCGACGAAAAAAUCAGCUAACCUACAGUGGAAGGCUUAGCUCUAGUCACCCUGACGUCUCCAGCAGCAACUUGGCGGCAUUGGCAGAAGCUCCUGUCGACGACACCAUGGUUAGAGAGACAGAAGUCAGUUAUUUAUGUGACACGUCAAGUCACAGUGACCCCAGUCUCAAUAGGGAAGUAUCACUGUCAAAGUCUAGUUUUCCUGCAGAUCGAACCAAGAGAUCAUCGAACACCGCAGAGGAUGACCAGACCGAUAGUGGUGUUGAAAGUAUAGACAGUACCUUAGUCAAACAAAGACAUGCUCUGCUGAGACAACACACGUUUUUCCAGCUUGACGUUCAUCUUCAAUCUGGAAAGGAUCUGGUUGUUAAAGACACCUGUGGUACUAGCGACCCCUAUGUCAAGUUUAAACUGGCAGGUCGACAGUUGUACAAAAGUAGAACAGUUCCAAAAACGUUGGAUCCACACUGGGACGAAUUUUUCUGUUUGCCGGUAGAGGACGUGUUCCAGCCUCUUCAGAUUCGUGUCUAUGAUUAUGAUUUUGGGCUUCAGGAUGACUACAUGGGCUCAGCACAAGUAGACCUAACACGUCUAGAAUUAAACAAGCCAACCAACUUAACAGUAUAUCUAACAGAUUCUGGUAGACCCCAGGACCCGAAACAAAUGGGCAGUUUGCAGAUCACAUUUACUCUCAUCCCAAAGACCCAGUUGGAUAAAGAACAAUAUUUCAACAAGAACAUAAAGCUGGCUGGAGAUAUAUCUUAAAAAAAGCAGAAGACUCAACUGUGGGACUGUGUAGUAACAAUUGUCCUAGUGGAAGGAAAAAACUUUCUCCCAAUGGACGAGAAUGGCUUUAGUGACCCCUAUGUGAAAUUUAGACUUGGGAAUGAAAAGUACAGGAGCAAGAAUGCCAUCAAAACUACAAAUCCUAAGUGGCUGGAACAGUUUGAUCUUCAUAUGUAUUAUGAUCAAUCCAAGAUAUUGGAAAUUACUGUUUGGAAUAGAGAUUAUCAUAACAGGGAUGAUGUCAUGGGCAGAUGUUUAAUCGACUUAAAUACCUUAGAAAAGGAGAAAACGCACAGUUUAUGGAAGGAUUUGGAGGACGGAGCAGGGUCAAUUUAUCUUUUGCUAACAAUCAGUGGCACACAAGGAAUAGAAACUAUUUCUGACUUAUGUACAUACCAGAAGCAGGCAAAUGAGAGGGAAAAAUGUGUAGCAAGAUAUGUUUUCUGCCUGUCUCAUUCUCACAUUUCUCAUUCAUGCCAGCCUAUGGAGAGGUCCUCCAGCCAGGUCAAGGAUAUUCACAGUGUGUUAGAGGUUACUGUUUAUGAUGAAGAUCGGGAUAAACGUUGUGAAUUUUUAGGAAAGGCUGUUAUUCCUCUGUUAAAGGUAAAGAAUGGUGAGAAAAGAUGGUACGCACUAAAGGACAAAAAAUUGAAAGGUCGUGCCAAAGGUCAAGUUCUGUUAGAGCUGGAUAUUAUAUAUAAUCCUAUAAAAGUAGCUGUAAGAACAUUCAAUCCAAAAGAAGUUAAAUAUAUGCAACCUGAACAGAAGUUUAAGCGAUCGAUAUUUAUGAGAAAUGUACAAAGGAUAAGAACAAUAGCACUAGAUUUUGUUGAAGUAGCCAAAUUCCUAAACAGCUGUUUUCAGUGGGAAUCUGCUCCACGAAGUAUCGUAGCUUUCAUUACAUUCCUGGUGAUUACCUAUACCAUGCAGCUGUACAUGAUGCCUAUCAUCAUCCUCCUCAUCUUCCUGAAGAACUACGCCAUCAUUACCACGACAGGGCUAAGCUUUUCAAGUCGUGAUGAAGAAGAGGAUGUUGAAGAUGAUGAUGAUGAAGAAGAUGAUGAAAGUAAAGAUUCUAAGGGUGAAGAAAAGAAGUCAUUGAAGGAAAAACUUCAGGCAGUCCAAGAUGUGACAGCAAUGGUCCAGAAUGUCUUAGGAGAAAUUGCCUCUGUGGGAGAGAGGGUGAAAAAUGUUUUCAAUUUCAGUGUACCAUUCUUAUCUUGGUUAGCCAUCCUUGUACUUGUGCUGGUGACAUUGGUGUUAUAUUAUGUUCCAGUUCGUUAUUUAUUUAUGGCAUGGGGCGUCAACAAAUUUACCAAAAAACUGCUGAACCCUCAUGCGAUACCAAACAAUGAAAUUUUAGACUUUCUUUCCAGAGUUCCAGAUAAUAUUGAAAAGGUAAUGUACAAGGAUAUUCGACCUUGUAAUUCUUUUGCAACAGACUCAGUAAGAAGAAAAUUAAAGAAAACGAGUUAAAAUUUGUAAAUUUUCAAUUGAAAGAAAAUCAAUUUUGGAUUUAUUCACCACUGUAUUGUAUAGUAAUUUUCAACAAUAUAUAUUCAAUGCCUGACUAGAAGAUUAUUGUUAUUACAAUAUUGUUUUCUUUCCACAGAUAAUAAAGAGUUAAAAAAUUAAUACCAAUUAAUCUUCUAGAAAACAGGAUCAUGUUCUUUGUCUGUUUCAUGUAAAUAGUGUUCAGUAUGCGUACUUAAUAUUUUCAAGAGUAUGAAUACAUUUCAUCACCAUUUUCCAAGAAACACAAAUUUGUAAGCAUUGCUUUCCAAUAUUUCAAACUGUGAUGCCUCUACAACUUUAUGCAUACUGUAAAAACUUACUUCUUUGGAGGCUUCUUGAAGAUAUUUUUAUAUAUAGAUAAUGUGAGAAUAUCCUUAACAUUGCAUUUACUAUUUAUAAAUUGAGAUCAAUUAAAGCAUCAUGAUAAUCAACUUACAAAUUAUUAAGGUUUCUGAUUUGUCUUCUGUACCUUGCUAGUCUUUUUCCAUUAAGGCAGUUAUCAUUUUCAUAAUUUCAAUUUAUUCCAAUUAAUACUGUGUGUGAUGCAUGAAAACAAAAUACUUUUAUUCGUAUUGGGAAUUGGAAUUGAAUAUUUUUUACCAUUAAUUAAUGUUAAAUCAUUUUUUCACUGAUGAUGUUGCAUUUUUAAUUUUCUUUCAUUGAAGGGAGAAAAUACUGUAUUGUGAUAAAAGAUGUAAACAGUUUUUUUUUAUUUAUU